GGUGGCCACCGUUCUCUGAGAUCGCACCAGAGGGUGAAGUUGGGGGCAGGGAGUAGCACCUGGGACAGGGCCUUGGAGAAGCCCCUGCACUCAGGGCCUCUGUCCCCACUUUUCCAGGUUCACAUGGACAGACUACUAACAAAACGCACCUGGAAGGAUGAGUUCUGGCAGAACCCCUUCGACCAGGGGGGCCUGGUAGUGAUCUGCUUGUUCAUCAUUACGGUCCUGUUUCUCAUCUUGUUUGCUAUUGUGUUUGGUUCACUCCCCGCACUCGAUAGGGUCAACGAGUGUGAAGAGUCGUGACCUGACUUUCUGUGGGCCAA